CGGCCCGCCCCGGCACGGGUCCUGGGACCCAGAACCGGUUUUAAUUCUCUUCCCACGUCGGCAGGUCCCGGCUAGCGCGACUUCGUUUCUUUCCUGCCUCAGACAACGGAUCAUGGGGCUUCUGAGUGCCCGGCGCGGCCUGGAGUGGCUGCUGGGCUUCUACUUCCUCUCACACAUCCCCAUCACCCUGGUCAUGGAUCUGCAGAUGCUGCUGCCGCUCGAGCUCUUCCCGGUCGAGCUGAGAAACCUGAUGCAGUGGUAUGCCAAGGAGUUCAAAGACCCGCUCUUUCAUGACCCUCCGUCGUGGCUGAAGUCCUUCAUAUUUUGUGAGCUCCUGUUCCAGCUGCCUUUCUUUCCCGUUGCAACAUACGCCUUCUUCAAAGGAGGUUGCAAGUGGAUCCGCACCCCAGCGAUCAUCUACGCAGUUCAUACCAUGACAACGCUAAUUCCAAUUCUCACCACGUUUCUAUUUGAGGAUUUCUCCAAGACCAGUGGUUUCAAAGGACAUGGGCCAAAGACUCUGCGGGAACGAAUAGCCCUCGUAUCCAUCUAUGCUCCCUACUUUUUCAUCCCUCUCAUGCUUCUGAUUUUCAUGUUGCGGAGCCCCCAUUACAAGUAUGAGGAGAAAAGGAAGAAAAAAUGAGAAGGCACUACUGGCCUCAAGGAGAGAUGCCUACGGGCAGUUUCCUAUUGACCCAGUACCAGGAAAACUGCUCAGACCCCAGUCUUCAGUAGCAUUUGGAACACACCAGCAGCAUUACACCAGGAGCAAGAACUGGCAGGAAACAGGUCAGAUCCCCACAUCUCCCUGGGGCACUGGCACAAACAGACCAGCCUACCUGAGGAGGGGCAGAGGGAUCUGGGCUACUGUAUAGGGAAGUUAUUGUACCUCACUAUGCCCAAGUUCUACUGCAGGGUUACUUAAAAGCAAGACCAGGCCAGAAACUGGACAAACAUCUGUGAAAUAUGGGCUCCUUGGGCCAGGGGCGUGACUUACUGGUAGAGCAUUGGCCCCGUAUAUGAAGCCCUGAGUUCAAUCUUUUGCACUCCACAUACACACACAAAAUUAUAUAUGUAUGCACAUAUAUACAUAUAUGUAUUUGGCAUAUUCAUGAAUCAUUUAUUAUUUUGACUCUCUAUAUAUGUGGCUAAAUCAGCAAAUUGAACAAUAGGAUGUUCCUGUCCAUUUUAAAGUUUGAAAUUAUAUUUCUUUUUAAUACUCAUUUAAAACUCAAGGAAUUCUUCACCCCUAAAUGGAAGGCUCAGCCCUACCAUAACUUUCAGUCAGAAAAAAGGUUCAACUGAAAUGUGUUGUUUCUGUCUUCAGAUUUAUUUUAAUCUUUUCAGGUCUAGUUUUCUCUAUUUUCACAGACCACCUGGCCUAAAUCCCUUUACUCUGACGUCUGUUACAUCAGACCCAGUUUCGAACCUCCUCCGAGAUUACCGUCCUUCCUAGCACAGCUCAGUUUUCCUGGCCUGUUCUUAGUCAAGGCAGAGAGGGCAGCUGGGUAUGGUAUGUCCAGUAUGUACAACUGGGUCACUUCACAUGACAUCAGCGUUCUUGGCACUUGCAAACAUACACUAGAGGCUAACUUCAAUCCUGUGAACAUUCCCACGAGACGGUAGCAGCCAGUCCCAGUCAGUUCCUCCCUUUGCCUGUUUUGCUCCCAAGCCACACGGGUCGGACCACUGGAAGAAGUGUCUGGUCCACUCGUGUGCCUGGUCCAAAUAAAAACAGCUGCUGACCACC